AUGAGCAUGAAGCCGAGCACUUCCACUAUGACGAUGGGCAGAGCUUUGAUGUGCAGGGGCGCAAGGAGCUGGAGGAGUGGUCCAAUCUGUGGAACUGUAUCACGUGCUUUCGCGAUACAUUCACUUACGCCGCACGCGAGGACGACAGGGGCAAAGCUCCUGUUCCAUCACCAACCACGACUCUACAGCACAUCAUCCUCAAAAUCGACCGAACCAAGCGUCUCCCACACUCUGCACGACCACUCCCCAAACGCCCAAACCGCAACAAUCACAAUCUCCAACCCUUCCAAACUCAACAUCCUCAACAGCACUCUCCUGGACCAACUAACCCAAACAUGCACCACCCUCUCCACCAACCCCUCCCUCCGCGCCGUAGUCCUCACCGGCGGCCCCACCAAAAACUCCAACACCAUCCCAUCCUUCAUCGGCGGCGCCGACAUCAAAGAAAUGCACGCCCUCACCUCGCCCUCCUCCGCCCGAGCGUUCAUCCUCAAAGUCCACGCGGCCUGCCAAGCCCUCCGCGCCCUCCCUGUGCCCGUGAUCGCGAAAAUCGACGAGUUUUGUCUGGGCGCGGGUCUGGAAAUCGCAGUAUCGUGUGAUCUGCGCAUCGCGACGGAGAGGUCUUCGUUCGCGAUGCCGGAGGUGAGGGUGGGGAUUCCGAGUGUGGUUGAGGCGGCGCUUCUGCCUGGGUUGAUUGGGAUGGGAAGGACGAGGAGGCUGUUGUAUUUGGCUGAGAGUAUUGGGGCUGUGGAAGCGGAGAGGUGGGGGCUAGUUGAGAGGGUUGUUGGGGGUGAGGGGGAGUUGGAGGCGGGUGUUGAGGAGUGGGUGGAGGGGAUCUGUGGGAUGGGGCCGAAGGCGAUUAGGUCUCAGAAGAAGUUGAUGUUGGGGUGGGAGAAUAGCUCUGUGGAGGAGGGGAUUCAGGCUGGUGUUGAGGCGUUUACGGAGGCGUAUGAGGAUGGGGAGGAGCCGAGGGAGUUUAUGCGAAAAUUUGUGAAUCGGAAAAGAUGA